AUGGCUCUCCGUCGUGUACUGACCUCCAGCAAAACCUUCAAGGCUUCUUUAAGCCUGCUACGCCGCUCUAUGGCUAGCACGACUGACAAAAUGACUGUUCGUGACGCACUUAACACCGCAUUGGACGAAGAGCUCGCCCGCGACGAUGAAGUUUUUCUUAUGGGUGAAGAGGUCGCGGAAUACAACGGCGCCUAUAAAGUCUCGAAGGGAUUGUGGGAAAAGUACGGUGACAAACGUAUCAUUGACACGCCUAUUACGGAGCAGGGCUUUACGGGUUUGGCUGUCGGUGCCGCCUAUCACAACACGAAACCGAUCGUUGAAUUCAUGACGUUUAAUUUCGCCAUGCAAGCCAUUGACCAGAUCAUCAACUCGGCCGCUAAGCAGUUUUACAUGUCUAACGGUGAUAUUAGCGUGCCUAUUGUCUUCCGUGGCUCCAACGGUCCCGCUGCUGGUGUUGCCGCACAGCACUCGCAGUGCUAUGCUGCGUGGUACGGCAGCGUACCCGGCCUUAAGGUAGUGGUCCCUUACGACUCGGAGGACGCUCGCGGUUUACUUAAAGCUGCCAUUCGUGACCCCAACCCCGUUGUGGUGCUAGAGAACGAGCUAUUGUAUGGUGUCUCGUUCCCCGUGUCUAAGGAAGCACAGGACAAGGACUUCACGAUCGAAAUCGGCAAGGCCAAGAUCAUGAAGUCAGGCAAGGACGUCACGCUGGUCGCUUUCUCCCGCAUGGUGGGUGAGGCUUUGGAGGCUGCUUCUGUUUUGGCCAAGGAGGGUAUUGAUGCCGAGGUGAUCAACCUUCGUUCGAUCCGCCCGUUCGACCGUCAGGCCAUUAUUGACUCGGUGAAGAAGACCAACCGUAUGGUGUCAAUCGAGGAGGGAUGGGGUCAGCACGGUAUUGGUGCCGAAAUUGCCGGUAUCAUCAUGGAGACUGAGGCCUUUGACUACCUGGACGCUCCUAUGGAGCGCGUGACGGGAACGGACGUGCCCAUGCCAUACGCUGAUAACCUGGAGAAGUUGUGUUUGCCCCAGGUCGAGGACAUCGUUGCAGCCGCUAAGCGCACGGUGGCGCGCAACCUCUAA